ACAAGCGAACACAUACACAUAAACGCAAAUUGUAAACGAAAACAAACGCGAAUAUAAAUUUUCAUUGCAAUGGUAAAAAAUGAACCGAAUUUUGUUGUUGAGCGCAUCGUAGACAAGCGCAUCACUUCUGAUGGUAAAGUAGAAUACUUUAUUAAAUGGCGUGGCUAUCCAUCCGGCGAUAAUACCUGGGAGCCAGAGGAAAACUGCGAUUGCCCCGCACUCAUACAAAAGUUUGAGGAGUCGCGAGCGAAAUCCAAGAAGCGCGGCGAAAAGAAACCAAAAUGUGAGGAAAUACAGAAGCCGCGCGGAUAUGAACGUGGUUUGGAACUGGCAGAGAUUAUGGGAGCUACAGAUGUAACUGGUGAAAUCAAAUAUCUCGUCAGAUGGCAAUUUUGUGAUGAGUUCGAUCUGGUGUCAAGCAGCCAGGUAACCGAGAAAAAUCCAGAAAUGCUCAUCGAAUACUAUCAGAAGAUGGCUCCUUACACCGGCUACAUAAAUAAACGUAUGCAAGGCGUGCCCGAAGAGCUACGUGCGACAGCGGCGCAAACAGGCUAUGCUGUCAGCAGUGCUCCUUCGGAUGCAGUGGAGCCAACCAUAUGUAAUGUGGAUUCCGAGCAGCUGCCGCAGAUGGAACCAAAGCAGAUACCUAUUGAUGUGCCCGUUCAGCAAGAGACUGCGCCAGAUACCGAAAUGGACAAUGUUGGUGUUUCCUAUUCCAUACCCGUACCGGGUGUGGGUAACAUUGCCAUUGAUGUCCCAAUGGUCGACAAUUGAUACAA